AUGGAGGAAACUCCAAGGGUUUACAGUGGAGCGUCGCACACUAAUACAGGAGAUUCAAGAAAUGGAACAGGAGGUGGUUUCGCCGGCAGAGGCGGCGGCUAUAUUACGGAAGGCGAAUACAGAGGAGGAACCAACCGGAGAUUUCACAAACAUGAGAUGAUCUUGUUUGAUGGAACUAACACAGAGGAGUGGAUUUUUAAUGUAGAAAUGUCAUUCUGCUCAUAUGAAGAUGAAGAAACAAUGGAAGCUGCGGUGGGGGCUCUAGAAGGCGACGCUCUACUGUAG